AUGAACAUGAACAUGAACAUGAUCGAAGAACAACGCCGCGGACCGCCGCACGGUGUCCUAUUAGCGGUGGUUGUGGUGGCAAUAAUGAUAGUUCCAUCAAUGAUUGGUGAAAAUGGUGAAGCCAUUACUGAAUUCAUAUCUGAACUUCUUAGUCCAGUUGGUUUACUUCUUUUGCCAAUAAUUUUACUUCUUAUUAUACAAUUCUUGUCUUCUGAUAGUGGCUCUUUUGUUUCAAGUAUUUUUUCAACUGGUGAACCUAACUCUAUACAUAGAGUUAGCGGUUCACCUGUUGGUGUUGCUCUUGUUCUUCUUCUUGUUUUAUUUCUUCUCUACAAUAAAUUCUCCAUUUUUGGUGGUGAUGAUAGUGAAGAUGACUGA